AUGGUCGAAUACAAGUUGUCUCAACUCGAGGACAAUGGCGCGGUCGUACGCGACCCUACCAAAGAUUCCACGCCAAGCUCCGCCGAGACCGGCACCUUGUCCUGGUACUCUGUGGCCGUCGUGCUGGCAACCACCGCGCUCGGGGCCGGUGUGCUCAAUUUCCCCGCAGCCUAUGAUCAUGCCGGCGGCAUCCUGGUGGCUACUCUCCUGCAAAUGCUCAUGGUUUUUGCCCUCGGUGUGACUGUUGUAGUCCUGGCGUACUGUUCCGACGUCAACAAGGACCGCACGUACCACGGCAUCGUGCUGUCAAUGUGCGGGCCAAGAUGGCGCUUCCUGGUCGCUGUGUCCGUUCUGCUCACUUGCUAUGGCGUCUGCGUUACCUACCUCUUGGUCCUCGGGGAUCAGUUCGACCGCCUAUUUGCAUCGUUCUACGGACAAGACUUUUGCCACAAAUGGUACAUGAGUCGCCAAUUCACCAUUUCCAUUAUGGCGUUCAUUUUCGUCAUGCCGCUUUGUUUUCUCCGCCGAAUCAACUACCUUCAGUACGCCAGUUCACUGGGAAUCGUGGCCGUCCUAUACCCGUGUUUCUUGACUGUGUUCGUGUACUACACCACGGACGUCCGCGACGUUGUGAUAAAAACUGCUCCCACCAGCUUCAUGGAUCUUCUAGUCACCGUUCCAGUAUUCUGCUUCGCUUAUCAGACGCAUGAGGUGGCCAUCCCGGUGUAUGCGGCCAUGCGAGACCGUGCCUUAACACCCUUGGCCAAAGCAAUAGCCUGCAGCAUGCUCCUGCUACUGGUGGCGUAUUGCGUGGUGGGCACUUUUGGCUACCUGGCGUACGGUGCUGCUGUGCGGCCUGACAUCAUGGAAAUGUUUGACGCGACCCAAACCUGGGUACAAUUCGGCGUGGUGGCGCUUAUCAUCAAGAUGAUUGUCACCUAUCCGCUGCCUGCCAUCUGCGGACGAGACACGCUGGAGGGCCUGUACAGGGACUGGAGCCGCUGGCCAACCAAUGUCGCAGCGGAGGGCAAGAGGAGGCGCCGGUUCUUCCUGUCCUUCGGCUGGUUCGCCAGUAGUGUCUGUUUGGCGGUGUUGCCCGUCGACAUCGGCGUGGCCGUCAAGAUCCUCGGCUGCCUUGCCGCGCUGAACAUAUUCUUGUUCCCUGGUCUCUGUCUUCUGGGCCUGCUCCAGAAGACCGUCGUCGUCUCUCACCCGCACUGGCUCUGCUUCCUGGCCGUAGUCAUGAUCGUCGUGGGUGGAGUUCUCUCCCUGGCGGUUCUGGUGCAGACGGUCCUGGUCGACCUGGUUUCUGGACGGGCUCAUCAGCUCUGCUCGUGA